AAAGUUAUAUUCAUCUAAAACACCAUGAAGAAGACGACCCAAACAAGAAUUUGAAGACCUCAAUAUCAGAAAUGACUUUAGUGGUGGGCCCAAAUCUGAAAUCUGACCCUGAAUUUUAUCAGGAACUCAGCAAGGAAGAUAUUGAAGAAUGCUUGAUUACUAAUCCAAAUGACUUCAAACGCUGUAAACUAGAAAUGAAACAACAUGAUUUGGCAUAUGCCAGACCUUUUGAUGAGCCAACACUCCAUAUUAAAAUCAUUGGAAGAGAAAAUGUGGGCAGGUCGUUUCCAGAAGAUGAAGUCUGUGUGGAGAUCAUAAGCAAAAAACAGUCUCCAUGGGAAGGAAAAGUCAUUGGAUUGAUAAAAAGAGAUGAAGAAUGCCUUACAGUUAUCUGUAGAAGGAUGAAAAAACACUCCAACAUCGUUAUACCUAUAAACAAACCCAUGACAAGAAUACUGACAAUUAAAAAACAAAUUGAUGCAGUUGAAAUACGAGAACAUAAGUAUGGAAGGUGGGUGACAAAGGAAUUCGUAGAGGAUUCAGAGAAUCAAUUGUUAAUGGUCAAGGUCAUUAAAUGGGAAGAAAAUAAAUUCUAUCCUCUAGGCGUGGUUACAAGAGUUAUUUCAGAGGAGGAUUCCUUACAAGAACUACUCAAGUUUAAGCUGGGAUAUAAAGAUCCUCCAUUAUCUGAUCCACCAGAACUUGAAAAUUAUAAGUUCCUAGAAAGGGAGAAUAUGUGUGACCACAUUACUUUCACCAUUGACCCUACUGAAGCUCAAGACCUAGAUGAUGCCAUUAGUGUGAUUAAAAUUGAUGAUAAUACCUAUCAGAUUGGUAUUCAUAUCACGGAUGUAGCGAGUUAUGUUAAAAAAGAUAGCGAGCAAGAUAAAUUUGCUAGACAGCUUGGCAAAACGAUUUAUACUCAAGAAAAGGGAGAGAUGACCUUCAUGUUCUCAAGAGAGCUGAGCCAAAACCAUUUAAGUUUGAUCCCUGAAAAGCAUCGUAGAGCCAUAUCAUUGCUAAUAGACAUUGACAAAAAAACAAGCAUUAUCAAACACAAACGUUUUGCUUUAACUGACAUUAGAUCUGAUGAACGCAUGUCAUAUGAAGAUGCAGACAUAAUAAUUCAGGAAAACUGCUUUGAUACCAUGAAACCUCUGCAGAUCUCCUGUGUGAAGGACUGUGUAGCUAUUGUCUACCAUUUUUCUGAGGUGCACAGAAAGUAUAGGCUGGAUGGGGGGUGGCCCUAUGAGAAGCAGCCAGGGCAUAGUCGUUCUCAUGCCAUGGUGGAGGAGCUAAUGAAUCUCUACAAUAGCAUUGUAGCUGAAGAACUAAUAUCUGCAGACAUCACAAGGAACAUUACACCACUGAGGUGCCAUAGGGAGCCAGAUUCUGAGCAACUGGAACAGUUUGAAGAGAAGUAUCUUGACUUAAUUCCCAUGUCACCUUACAUUUCAAGUAUCUGCAAAGUAAAUGAGAUUAGUGAACAGGGUGUAGAGGAGGUUUGCUCAGUGCUAGAAUAUGAAAAUAUGAAAAAUAUCCCCAACAAUGACGAGAAGCACGGCAUAUUGCUUAACAUUUUUAGUUCCAUAUUUCAGAAAAUGGAAGUGUAUGCACAAAACAAAGAUUAUUACAAUUUGAUGCAAUUAAUAAUUUCAGAUGCAAUCCAUCCUACCCUUCUGCCCAUGGUACAGGAGUUUCGUAAAAUUCAAAGGAAAGCUGUCAUUCUAAGGUCCUGUUCAUCAACAGACUCUAGACUGGGUCAUUAUGAUUUGCGGCUAAAUGCAUACACCCAGGCAUCUUCUCCUAUGAGGCGUUAUCUAGACCUUAUCCUGCAGAGGCUUUUGCACACCAUUCUCUCUAAAGAUAAAAUAAAGCAACCUGAUUACAGACAAAAUGAAAUCGAGCAGUUCUGUCAAUCUGGAAUGGAAGUAGAAGAGGAGCGUGAUGCUCAAUUACUGAUACUGAGAAAAUUUCAGUCUCUUUCUCUUGAACCUAAAGAUGUGGUCAGGCUAGCAGUGGUUGACCAGCUAACUCCAAAGGGGCAUGAAUUUACAAUAUCCUUUCCACUACAUCCUAUUUCAGAUGUCAUCAACAUUUUGUACAGACAUCUUAAAAUUGUGGAUCAACCUAAAUACAAUGAGGACAAAAAUUCCAUUACUCUUCUUUGGAAGAGGAGAGUAUAUUCAUUCAAAUCCUCACAGAUUUCAUACACACCCAAGCUAUUCAACAACAUGAUUCUAGUGUCAGGUAAUCUGUGGCAAAAAUUGUUAUCUGCCAUGAAAGAGCAGGACUGGGUUAAAAUUGGUCAAUGCCUCCACGACAUGAAAGAAGGGGCGAAAAAAGAAAUUGAAGGGCUGAGAAGUGAGACCAAAACAGAGCAACACUGUAAAGAGUUAACCAUGGAGCUGAAGCUGGGACAGGUUAUUCAAGUGCAACUUGGGACCGAACUUAAGGAUGGCUUGAACGUUCCUGUAAUACAGCUGGUUAACAUUAAUGAAAACUUUGACAUCUGCUUGGAGCACACAAGAAACCCCACUGAGUGCUUCACCCAAACAGCAUGCCGUCCAUCACAACCAUCAUAUGAAAACUACAAAGAGUACCAGGAUAUCUGGAGUCAACUAUGUCACAUAGACACAGCUUACAAUGCUUUGGAAGAAAAUAAUAGCAUCUUAUUAGAGGAUGUGCCUAUUAAAUGGACUGUCAAUGAAACUGGUCUCCAAGGGGUGUUUCAUAUAACAAAGACUCAGAAAAAACAAUGGUCUCUAGAGUUUGAUCUUAGAAACUGCUUUUUAUGCAUCAGACUAAAGCAUCAGAAAGAUGAGAACUUUAAGAAAGAAGCAAAACAUUUGGAUGGUUCAGUAGUUUCAGAUCUGCAGGGUCCAUUACCUUUCACAUGGGUCGCACAUGGAGUUGCCACCAAAAAGGAACAAAAAGACAAAGACCAAACAUCUGGCAAAAUUGAUUUUAAGAUUGUACAAAGGUCUAUGGGUUACAUCCCACCUGGGGUUUUUCAUAAUAAAACAAGAUUCACCGUAGAGGUCAUUCCCAAAAAAAUUCCAUACAUGCUCAGGGAACAAGCUAUUGCAAAGUUAAAACAGGCUAAUCACUUGGUUAAAAGUGUUGCUGCUGGGCAACUUAAUGACGUGAACUACAAUCAUGCAGAUAAAAAUAGCAGCUUCUACACCGUGGACAAGAGCCUGAAACUGCAGCAGUUGAAUGAAAGCCAGAAAAGAGCAGUUGAGGCGGCUCUGAGAAAACCUUUUACGGUGAUUCAAGGUCCACCAGGUACAGGGAAAACAGUGGUUGGUGUUCACAUUGUUUACCACUUCUUCAAGAAAAACAAAGACUUUCUAGCCACUUCCUCUGAAUCAUGUCCUGCUCAGAAGCAGCAAAAAAAGCCUGCAAUCCUUUACUGUGGACCUUCUAACAAGUCUGUGGACAUUGUUGCAGAGCAGUUGCUAAAACUGAGUGGAGUGCUCAAGCCUCUGAGAAUCUACUGUGAUCAAAUGGAAAUGCGUGAGUUCCCAUAUCCAGGCAGUGAGCUAAAGCUUUGUCGCAAAUCCCUUCGUGAUGAAAAGCCAAAAAAGGAACUCAGAGAUAUUACCCUGAUGUAUCUUGUCCGCAAGCCUGAGAAUCCUUUUUCAGAAAAAAUAAAUGACCUUUACGAGAACAUGACUGAGGAUAAAAUAGAGGAAUACAGGAAUUUGUUGAAAGAAGCUUAUCGGCAUGAGAUUCAGAAGCAUGAUGUAAUUCUUUGCACCUGCUCAUCAGCACUAAACCCCAAUCUACAGAAGGUCAUAGAUUUCCGACAGAUUCUCAUUGAUGAAUGUGCCAUGGCAACAGAACCAGAGGCAUUCAUUCCUUUGGUUGCCCACAAUCCCCAACAGAUUGUGUUGUUAGGUGACCACAAACAGGUGCGACCAAUAGUGCAGUGUGCCAUUGUUAAAAGGAUGGGCAUGCAGCAGUCUCUGUUUGAACGCUACAUGGAUUUAGCCAUAAUGUUGGACACACAGUACAGAAUGCGUGAAGAAAUUUGUAGGUUUCCAUCAGGACAGUUUUAUGAUGGCAAACUAAAAACCGAAGGUAAACGUGGACCCUGCUACCUCCUUAACAGCUACAAAAUUCCUACAGGAAUCUUGUUUGGCCAUGUUGAAGGGACAGAAGUCAGUUUGGUGGUAUCCACAGAAAUGGGGAACGAGAACUCAGUGGCCAACACUGAGCAGGCAAAGCAAGCUGUCCGUGUGGCAAAACUUUUGAUCACACAGUCAUGUGUUGAAGCUGAAAAUAUUGCAAUUCUAACUCCUUACAAUGCACAAGUGUAUCUGAUAAGAAAACAACUAAAGAAGUAUGGUAUUACAAAUGUCACCGUUUGCACAGUUAUGAAAAGCCAAGGGAGUGAGUGGCCAUAUGUGAUCCUCUCAACUGUGCGUUCCUGCCUUGUGUCUGACAUAAACUAUCACGGAUCCAGUAGUGCCUGGCUGAGGCAAAGACUUGGAUUUAUUAUUGAUCCAAAUCAGGCCAAUGUUGCCAUAACUCGUGCACAAGAUGGUCUUUGCAUUCUGGGUAACAGUGACCUGUUGAAAUGCAGUGAUCUUUGGGCAGAUCUCCUGGAUCACUAUUACAGAAAAGGAUGUGUGGUAAAUCCAGCUAGUGACAUUCAAGUUCGAGGCAGGCAUAAAGCAGACAAACAAAAAGUCUCACAAAGCCAGACUUUGGACCAUCAUCAAUAAAUUUGCUGCACUUUGCAGUUAGUUGUGACCAAGAGCUGUCCACUAAAGCCAUUUUCGGACAGGAUCUUCACUGCAAUUUAAAUCCUGAUCACAUCGACCUUGUCAGUCAUUUUUGAUUACUUCUAACUGACUUACGUAAAAAUGUGGUUAUUAUGUUGCGAACCCACUGGCACGAUAUGAAAAUGUAUUCGGACCGUAGCACAUUUGCUUUAACAAUGUACCAAACAACGUUUCAACUUUGUUAUUCUCAUAUUCCUCAUGGCAAGGUUACAGUUGAACAUUGUUGAAACAUAGUGGGUUCUUCCCAGCGACAAAAAUUGUAUGUUGUAAAGAUAAAUUAAGGUAAUUUUAACUGGACCAUGUCAUUUUAUUCGUUCCCGUUAUCUGGGAUCCUUUCUAAUCACUGUAUGUCAAUCAUUUUUAGGUCAUUGUUUUUAUCCAUUAUUUAACUAAUCUAAUUAAAAUGAAAUGAAAUACAUAAUCCCACAAAACAUGGAGAACUAAAUAUUAGGGAUGUCCCAAUCAGGUAUUUUUGCCCUUAAAGAAAAGAGUUGUUUUUGUAAAUUGCUACUCUAGUAAAUGCGUACAUUUAAUUUUUCAUCACAGUUAAAAUAUCCGAAUAAACUGAGGACUGUACGUUAUUAUAUUCAUUUACAUGCAGAUGCAAUCCCAUGGACAAAAAGAUGACAGCGGCUCAGCUAAAAAUGAAAUCAAGCAUAAUACUUUGUAAUAUAAGGCUACGAACUUUACAAAUGUUUGUCAUGAAUAAAAAAAAAAAUUUCUGAGCCGGGAUUCGAACUCCGAUUGCCGACAGUACGUCUGCACUAACUACUGCAUACAGCGCUACCCACUAGACCAGCGAUAAUGACGAGCAAAAACGUAAGAAAUGUCAAGACAACUGUAUUGAUGUAAGAGCACCACAAAGACUGAUAUUAAUAUAAGGAUAUUUAUAUAUCUAAAAUGACUGCAAAAAAUAAUAAUUUCGCUCACAUAAAUGUAAGUGGAUAUGACAAAAAAACCACUCGGAUCUCAAAAUCCACUCGCAACAUAAAUCUAACUUUCUACAAAUGAAUGCAACAUCAUCAUCUACAGGAUUCUCUAUAAAAGUACAUGACAUUUUAGUCACUAAGACCAUCUAUGCACCUAAGUAUAUCAUAUUAGCUUUACAAGUCAUUUCAAUUUACUGUUUUAAUUUUUUAGUUGAAAGUUUAGUAUAAUAUAUAAAAAUAUAAAGUAGUAAGUUAAAAUGGUUUGCACUGGCAAUUACAUUAUAACUUAAAGACAGCUAAAAUAUUUUACAGUGUACAUAAUAAAAAUGUGCGCAAUUAAUGAAUUUACUAAAGCAACUAACAAGAUUAAACACCGCUACUCCUUUAAAAAAGGGGAGGAGACCACAAGAAACUAAGAGUUUACAGGAUAAAACCUGCUCCCGACCAGGUUAGGUUCAGAGAGUAUGUUACUCCGGAAACAGACUCUGAGUAUAAGUUACCUCUCCUUCUGAAACAGGCUUGACUUACCCCGCUGUCUCAGGUUUAACCUACCUCCCUUUCUGAAACAGAAAACUCAGUUUCCCUCAUUUCAGGGUUAACAAACUCAGAGUUUUCACUUAACCACCUUUCUGAAACGGGCCCCUGUUCUUUCAUUUGGUAUAUUGUAUGUUUAUAUAUUUGAAGAACAUUUUCUGGAAGGCAUUAAACUUUUGUGAAAAUCAUGAAAAACGCUGGCGCUGGCUGGCAACUUUUUUUAAAAACGCUGGCGGGGAAAGAGUUUAUAAACCUUUAUUAAAAUUUAGGCUAACAUUAGGCAAAAAUAGACUUGUAAAUACGUUUUUUAUAAAUGUCUUACUCUUAACACCAACCUACAACUUAAUUCACAAUAUGCUUAAAUUUAUUUUUAAUCUAAAAACUGCUCAAUGUUAUUUUUCUCAUCUGAUUCACAAUACUGCAUUACAUGAAUCAGAUGUUUGUAGGACUAAAUAAAUUGAAA